AAAUUAAUUAGGCCUACAUUCAUAAAUGAAUUAACCCUGGUGCUGAACUGAAAGACAACACUAAGGCGUUCACUGACAAUUAAGCGCGAUCACAGAUGCGCGCGCACAUACGGUGGCGCGCAGAGAAGUUCAGACCAUCUGACUGAAAGUUACGUCGUGCGUUAUUUCGAUACAGACCACGAAGCUACAAAUUCCUGUUUACAUACGUUUUUUUUUCUCUCUCUCUUUUUUCAUAAACCUACAGGUACGCUCCUCAGAGUUUUAGGAAAUUCGUUUUACCUGUGGGAUAUUUCACCCCAAAAGCUUUAAGUGAUGUCUCAGUCAAAGAAAAUCUUUUAUGCAUUUGUUUGGUUCUGCCUGCAUUUUGAACGCCGAAUUGGUGUGUUUGGUGUUGAGACAAAUGAAAUAAAAACAGUGAUGGAGGGAAAUUCUGUCACUCUAAAAACUGAGGUACAAAGAGGUGAUGAACUGCUUUGGAUGUUUGGACCUGAAGAGACUCUCAUUGCUCGAGUCAAAAAGGAGGCCGGAGUCUUCAAAGUAUAUGAUGGUCCUGAUGGGAGAUUCAAAGGCAGACUGGUGCUGAACUAUUACACAGGAUCUCUGAACAUCACAAACAUCAGACCUGAACACGCUGGACGCUAUAAACUACAGAUCAUAAGUAAUACUCAGAUCUCAGACAAAACAUUCACAGUUUCUGUCUAUGCUCAUCUUCCCAUUCCUGUCAUCACUAGAGACUCUUCACAAUGUUCCUCAUCAUCAUCAGGCUUAUCAGUGUCCAAAUGUGCACUGCAGUGUUCAGUCUUCAAUGUGAGUCACGUGACUCUCUCCUGGUACAAAAGAAACAGUUUAUUGUCCAACAUCAGUGUGUCUGAUCUCAGCAUCAGUCUCUCUCUACCUCUGGAGGUGGAAUAUCAGGAUGACAACAACUAUAGUUGUAUGGUGAGCAACCCCAUCAGCAACCAGACCAAACAUCUGGACAUCAAUGAACGUUGCUGGCCAUGUCCAGCUCCUCUGCCGAUUCCUGUCAUCACCAGAGAUGCUCCAACAUGUUCCUCAUCAGCCUCACACCAGGAUUGUUCAUUGCUAUGUUCAGUGGUGAAUGUGAGUCAUGUGACUCUCUCCUGGUACAAAGGAAACAAUUUAAUCUUCACCACCAGAGCAUCUGAUCUUAGCAUCAACCUUUCUUUACAUCUGGAGGUGGAAUACCAGGAUAAAAACACCUAUAGCUGUGUGGUGAACAAUUCCAUCAGCAACCAGACUCAUCCUCUGGACAUCACUCAACUCUGUCAGCCAUGUUCAGGCCGUGUCCACUGUUGUGGUUUUACUGAGACUGUGCUCCGAUUACUUGGCUCUGUUCUGGUGGGCAUGGCUACUGUUGCCGUGCUGGUUUAUGACAUCAGAUCAAGAAGAUCUUAUCAGAAGAGGAGAAGGCAGACAUCGCAUGCAGACGAAUAUGAUGAUGUUGCAUCAGGUCACUAGGGGGCGAUAAUGUUGCUCUGUCCUUUAUGCUUCUCAGGAAUAUGAAUAAGGAAUGUUUUGGGUUAAAUGCAUCUUCAAAUCAGAUGACAGCUUGCUUGCUGUCAAUCAUACAUGCAGAAUAAUAAAAUCUACAGUAGUCAAAACAUGAAAACCAAUGCUGUACACUUUUUAAGUGUUUCCUAACUUGUCAUAUUGCCAUCUGGUGGUUAUUUUAGGUACUUUUUGUUUUAUUGUACAGAUGUCUACAGCUCUGUUUUUGCCAC